AUGCAGUCGAAAAGAACAUAUAAAAAUGCUAUAGAAUGUCUUAAUACUCUACAAAGCAGGGCUUCAAUUUUAAAGUCCAUUGAAAAAACUGGACCACUGAAUUUUUCCGACGGUUUGUCUCUGUCUAUCAAUAAUUUUCGCACGAUUUGUUACGAGCCAAAGGAUUUUGAUAAAUUAAAUGUUAUCCAUGUUGCUGGAACCAAGGGAAAAGGCUCUGUGUGUGCUUUUGUCGAAUCAAUAAUCCGAAAUUAUCCCCUGAAAGAUAAGCGAAUUCGUACUGGCUUAUACACCUCACCUCACCUUGUUUCUGUUCGUGAACGUAUUCGCAUGGAUGGAAAACAAAUAAGCGAGGAAAAGUUUACGAAAUAUUUCUUCGAUUGUUGGGAUAAAAUAUACAAUACUACUAAUAUUAACAAUAUUACAGAUGACACUUUACCGAAUUAUUAUAGAUUUAUCACAUUAGUCGCUUUUCAUGCGUUCAUGGAAGAGCAGGUGGAUGUGGCUAUUCUUGAAGUGGGAAUAGGAGGUGAAUACGAUACUACAAACAUCGUAAAAUCACCAAUUGUUUGCGGUAUCACGUCUUUAGGAUAUGACCACCAGCUGUUACUGGGAGAGACAAUCAGUGAAAUCGCUUGGCAUAAAGCUGGAAUAUUCAAAAAAAAAGUACCUGCAUUUACCGUUGAACAACCAAAAGAAGCGCAUGAGAUGUUAAAGCAGCGUGCAGCUGAAAAAGAGAUACCCUUAACGAUAGUAGACACUAAUUUGAUGGAUAACAUUAAAUUAGGUCUAAGUGGAAGACACCAGAAACAAAACGCAGCGCUUGCAGUCGAAUUAUGUCGUGUCUGGUUUCAAACGUGUCAUAAUAUCCUUAAGACCGGAGGAGAUAAAGUGCCACAAGAAUUUCUUAUCGGAUUAGAGAGAGCACGAUUGUCCGGGCGUGCACAAAUUAUAAAAAUUCCGACAAUGGACCGAUUGACUUACUAUUGCGAUGGUGCGCACACCAUUGAGAGUAUUCAAAGUUGCAUGGAUUGGUUUCGAGAAACGGCCUUUCAGGGGGAAUAUAAUUCUAGAGAUGACGCAAAUCAAGAAGAUACAACAGUGCCAGUAAAUGUCAAGCGAAUACUGUUAUUUAAUUGUACGGGUGAACGAAGUGGUCUGAAUUUAUUAAAAGUGAUUACUGCUUCACCAUACAUCCGAUUUGAUUAUGCUGUUUUUUGUACCAAUGUGGUUUAUUCGGAUAAUCCAGAUUCGAAAGAACCCACGCUCUCUAAUAUCUCAUUGACAAAUCAAGAAUCCUUUAAGAAUGACUGGCUCAGUCUAAUUGCGCAACAGGAAACGAAUAAUAAUAUGAUUCAGGAACAGCGAGUGCAUCUAUUCCCCUCGAUUGAACAUGCUGUCAACUGGAUAAAAGAAUAUGCUGCUCAUGGUACGAAAAAUAAUACUCAUGUUCAAGUGCUAGUGAGUGGAAGCUUGCAUCUUGUAGGUGGUGUGCUAGAAGUUUUGAAUGUGGAUGUGGAAUAA